AUGGAUAGCACAUUAGGAAGUGAUUCCUUAGAACCAGAAAAGAGAACUACGAUCGACUCGGAAGGAUUAAAUCACCGUAACCCAGAAAGAUUUGAAGGGGAAAAUAGGUUAUCACCGGAUCUUGAGGCUCAGGGUAUUGAAGAAGAAGCUUUGGCUGUUAAUCCGGCCCGUGAGCCAUUAUACAAGUUCACGAUUUUUUUUACUGAAGAUGAAAAAAGAGUCUCUAUUUAUGGUGCGGAGUUCUUUGGUACAUAUGUCUUCUUGCUAUCAGCAUAUCUAGUAGCUAGUGUUGCUAACCUGCAAGCAAUUGCAGCAGAAGAUGGUUUUUAUGCCCCUCGUGUUUAUAAUAUUUCAUUUGGUUUCGGGAUUUCAUUAUUAGUGGUUGCGGCUUGUACUUCGAACUUUUCAGGUGGUCACCUUAAUCCUGCAGUUGUUUGGGGUCUAUUUUUAAAUGGAAAUAUUAGUAUGUUUAGGUUCUUACUAGAAAGUUUGGUUCAAGUAAUUGCUGGGAUGGCAGCGGCGGGAACUGCCUCUGCAAUGUACCCUGGCCCUGUCACAUUUGCCAAUGCGAAAGAUGCAUCUGUUAGUGUUAGUAGAGGAUUGUUCUUAGAAGCAUUCGGUGUUGCGUUGCUUGUGUUCACUGUUCUCUUUACUGCCAUUGAAGUAAGUCCAUUCGGUGGGAUGGCAUACCUACCAAUUGGAUUAUCAUUGUUCUUGGGUCAUAUGAUUUGUGUUCCAACUACAGGAGCAGGAUUGAAUCCAGCAAGAUCUUUUGGCCCAGCAAUCGCAGCAAGAGAUUUUCCAGGGUAUCAUUGGAUUUACUGGCUUGGUCCAGUUAUUGGAGGAGCUGUUGCAGUGGUAGCAUAUAAGAUGAUCAAGCUUGGUCACCGUGGUACUAUACUUCAAGAAGCUAGAAUGAAGAGUAACAGCUAA